AUGAGGAACUAAUGGUAAUGAAAUAAAUUUUCUAUAUCAGGAAAAAAUAAAGUAAAAUUCAGAGAUAAAAGAGAAAUUUGAUAGCAGGACUUAAAAUGGACUAUUAGAUAAGGACUAUGCGCAUGAAGUCUUGA